AUGGCUGCCAUCGAGAUAUUUUCAAGCCCCGUCAAUUAUAAAUACAAAAGUAAAAUAUGUUCCUUAAGCUUUCUCGCUGUAUUAUUUAUCAUAUUUUUAUCAUUGAUUUCACCGCUUUUCAUUAUUUCUAAUACAGGAGGUAUGUAUCUUUUAACUUUUUACUUCUCGCAAGUGUCAUAUCAAUAUACUGUGCGCAAUAUACUAUAAAUAUAUACUAUGCUACUAUAAGUAUUGUCAAUUUUUUACCAUUUUAUAUCGAUAUUACGAUUAAUUUGAUUUUCAGGUUAUUCGUUGAAAACUUACGUACUCGUGGAAAAGCCUGGUGUAUCAUUUAAUUACAAAUAUUUAUUGUUAGCGAAUAAAGAUUACAAUAUUAAUCCUGUUGUAUGUUCAACUUUUAAAACGUACAAGGAUAAUGAAAUUAAAGAUGACUGUGUAGUUCGUGAAAUAGAUACAAAUAUUGAUGGUAAAAAGGACAUUUUAAAGUUUGAAGCACAUUUUUACACCGAUCAAGCUGUAAAGUCUCUUAAACUUUUACUUUUUUUCAAUUUUCAACUAAACCAAUUAUUUACAACAACAGUAGAAUCCAUUGCCUACCUUACUCAUACAUUAAACGAAGAGGUCCAGAAGGUUUGCUUCUAUGGAGAUUUGAUAUUGCAACAAAAAAGUCUUCUCACUAGUGAAGUUGCAGCUAAAAUAACGAACAAAUAUGUAAUGGAAGAAGCAGGUUAUACAAAUGAUAAUGUAAUAAUAAUUCAAGCAGAACUAGUUUAUAAAGAUCAUUUAAUUUAUUAUCAACCGAGUAUUUGGGAAGAAUUGAAAUGGAUAUGGAUUCAAUAUAUAUCUUGUUUUCUUGUACUUGCCUACAUAGCUAAGCAUGUUUUAAUUUUCUUAUUUUCAAAUCGAUAUUUGAAUUGUUACAUCGUAAAACCAUGGAAGAAUAAAUAGUACUUUUAUUAAAUUCAUUCCGAAUUGUGCUCUCCUGUCAGAUUUUUUCCCAUCUUUGUUUUUAUGGUAUAUCUGAUAAAUUAAAGAGUAAAUUAUACCAAGUUAUUAUAUAUAUUUUUUUACGUUAGUAUUAAUAUUUAAAAUUCUUUGAAAUAUUAGAAGAAUGUGUUAGAUGAUGAUUAUCAUUAUCGAUACAUGUUAAAUCAUAUCAUAGACAUUAGAUAA